AUGAAGGGACAUUAUAACAAUCCAGCAGUUAUCAGGCGAACUUAUCGAAUAACCGGUCGUAUUACUAAUGGUGAUAUUGAAAAUUUGCAGUCACCGAUGAUCAUUCAUCACUGUCAACAUCGAACUGUUUUUGAACUUAAUGAAGCUUCCAGAUCUAUGGAACGAGAACAAUGGCAUAGAUACAAACGAGAAGUGUUUGAAUCACUACAAUUUGCCGUUCUCAGUGGUCAAGCAGUUGAAAUGGAUAAAAUUAUAAUUAAGUGA